AUGAUAUCUAAAAUGUUUCAAGAACUGAGAUAUUCAUCAGAAGCUGCUAAAACUAUCAAUAAGAGUAAUGGAAGAUUCGUUACUAUGAAACCCCGUGCCCCUACAGUAGCAGCAAGAUUCCACGAUUCACUUCAAUCUCUCGUCGAUACUAUGACCAAAUGCAAUCCAUGGUUUGUUCGUUGUAUUAAGCCAAAUAAUGACAAAGCUCCAAUGAAAUUCGAUAUGCCAAUUGUAUUAGAACAAUUGAGAUAUACGGGAAUGUUGGAAACAAUUCGAAUAAGAAAGUUAGGUUAUCCAGUUAGGAUGAAAUUUCAACAGUUUGCUGAAAGGUUCCGAUGUCUAGUACCAGGAAGAGUACCUAGAGGUGCUCCUUCUAGGGAAGUGUGUAAAGUCAUCCUCGAUAGGUUACCAAAGUCUCGUGAUCAUUACCAAUUAGGAAGCUCUAAAGUAUUUCUUCGAGAAAUGUUAGAGCAAUCCUUGGAAAAGGAAAGAGUGAACGUACUGAAGAGUUCUGUGAUAACUAUACAACGUCAUGCUCGAGGAUACUUGGCUCGAAAGAAAUACAGAAGUAUGCGUCGUAGUGCAAUCAAGAUUCAAGCUACUUUUAGAGGAUGGAAAACAAGAAAAUAUUAUAAAACAGUCAGGAAAGGUAUAGUGAAAGCUCAAGCAUAUUACAGAAUGCAAAGACAGAAGAAAGAAUAUGAAAAGAUCAAAGCUAUUUUGGAACGAAGACGUGAAGCUGAAAAGUCCGCAAUUAUUCGCGCAAAAGAGAAAGCUGCUCGAGAUGAACAAGAAAGAGUGUCGAGAGCAGUUGCAGGAGUAAAUCAUUUAGAAAUUCCUGCAGAAUUAGCAUUUAUUUUUAGCAAAUUAGACGAUUGGAAUUGUAUUCACAACGAUCGGAAUAUCAUUAAGGCAGUUGGUCAAGUUGUCAAUGUUCCAACACCAGAAUGUAGAUUGCCUUACGAUAUCGACCAAAAUGCCUUCACGAAAUUUACGAAUGUAUAUUUUAAGGCUCACAUAUGGGGUAUGAAACGGGAACCUAUCAAGACUCCGUUUCUUGCAAAAUCUAAUGAAUCAGAUUACCAAGAUUCUUUAGCUGUAUUCAAAUUAAUUUUACGAUUUAUGAAUGAUAAUAAUUUAAGCGGUAAAAAAGAGAGAGCUUUAGGAGAUUAUAUCGUGCAGAAAGGUUUAGUAAAUGAGGGAAUGAGAGACGAAAUCAUUUGCCAAUUAUGCAAUCAAACAUGGAAGAACGAUAACGAUGCAAAUAAUGAAAGAGGAUGGCUUCUAAUGGCCAAUUGUCUCAGUUGUUUUGCACCUUCACAAGUUCUUUAUAAAUAUCUACUUAAAUAUGUAUCUGAUCAUGCCUUCGAUGGGUACAAAGGAUUUUGCCAACGUAAACUUUUCCAGUGUCAAAAUUCGACGCCCGAAAAUGUGAGAAUUUAUCCUCCUUGUCUUUUAGAAUGGAAAACAAAUAUUCGAAGAGCCAAUAUGGCUCUACUUGUAAAGUUUUCUGAUGGUGGAAGUAUGCUAGGACCUGUGCAUUCUUGGUCAACGGGGGAAGAAUUUACCUCUGCACUGAUAAAAUCAAGAGGAAUUGAGGAGUAUAAUGGCUGGACGUUGGAUCUCUGUGAUUGCGGACAUGUUUACGAACUAAACGGCUACGAUUACGUGUUGGAUUUAGUAUCUGAAACAGAAAUCCCUCCUGCAUUUCCUGUCUGUAAAUCUUUCUUUUUAGUUUCUGCAGAUAAAACUAAAAUCGAUCGAGAACAAGAAAAAGUACAUUGGAUUUCAUCACCACACAAUCCCGAAAACAUCAAUACAUUCGAAAUAGACGUAGAAGACAUUCCUCUUGCUCCCAUCCGACAUUUACCUCCAUCAUCUAGAACUGAAGAAUCCAUACGUCUAGAACAAAGAAAUUAUCAAGAAGCAAUUGUUCGCGAACUCACACGAAUGAAAGAAGCUAAAGACUUAACAGAAAGGCCUGUAAGAACUCAGUCAAAAGAAAGAAUAAUGGAAACCGGAUUAGAAAAUGCUUUAUCUAAAACAAGUGCAUUGAAUGAAAGGUAUUUUGAAAUAGAUAAAAGUCACGAAAACAUUGAAGAAAGACGACAAGUUGAUAUAACGAGAGAUAAUCUCGGCUUGUCUAAAACAAGCAAGCUUAACGAACGAUACGAAAACCGCAAAACUGAGAGAGACGUUCCUGGACUUUCAGAAACUAGCAAAUUAAAUAAGAGAUAUAUAGUGGGUAAAAACGAACAAUCAAAUAAAAUAAGACAGGAAGAACGAAUUUUAGAUACAGCUAGUUCUCUUAAUUCAGGAAAUGCAUGGCAAGAACUUGGUUUGGCGACUUCAGCCCUUAACGAUCGUUAUUUCAGUCGUCAAGAUUUACAUAAAAGCUCACAACACGAUGGCAGCGAGUUAGAUAUUCGAUCACACGAUACUAGUAUAAGAACGAGUGCAACGAAAGAGGGACAGAUCAAUGGACAAGGAUCUUUGCUAAAUGGCUCCGGAAGGCAAGAUCGAUUGGAAUCCGAAGGACAGAGCCGAAUUCCUAGUCCUCCUCUUUCUUCUAGAACAUCGAAUGAUGGGGUUGAUGGGCCAGAAUUCGAUUUUAGCGAUUUAAAUCAUUCUGUAAAUAGAGAACACGAUAACGAUCAGGAGACUUCUAAAUAUAGCAGAACUACUGAAUCCACUCGAUAUGUGAAAUACACAGCCAAAUCUCAACCAAGACCGUAUUCUCAUUCAACUCGGGCCCAUAUUGAUAAAUCUAGAGAAAUAGAAUAUGGUGGAGGUGCUCGAAGCUCCGCUUUAUCAGAUACGUCAGAAGCACCUUCAUUAGCGUCUCAUGUGCGAAAUGUUCGCAUUCCAUCACAUACUUCUGAUUUAGAUCAAUAUUUAGACGAUUUAUUCAACCCCGUUUUAGAUGGAAAUUUGGAUGAAUUGAGUGAUGCUAGAUCAUUAGCAGCGUCUAUCAAAGGAGGAAAGAAAAAAGAUUUUAUGGAAAAUAGUUACAUAGAACGCACUGUUGAUUUAAUACUAGAUGAAGAUUUGAGAUUUCUUUGUGAUCCUGUUCUGCUUUCUAAAUCGUUAAAAGGUGGCGGCGAUAGAUCAAGUGUCUUAUCACAAGAAUCUGAUCUUGACAGCUAUUUGGAUGAUUUGUUUCAAUCCGUACUGGAUAGUGACGUAGAAGAUCUUCAAAAUGCAGAAAGCGUAGCAACAUCUUUGAAAGGUGGCGGUCAAGCUGCUGGUGCUACAGAGACACAGCAACACGCUCCUUCAGUAGGAAUUGGUAUGUCCAUGCCUUCUGCAAAUAACUUUCCUCUCUCUCCUCCUCUUGUUUCAUCAUCAGCUCCAACAGUGAAUACGAAUCUUCCUAUGUUCAAUCUUGCAGGUAUCGUCCUAAUUUAUUAUUUGCAAGUUUAUUUGAUUGCGGAAAUUGCUUCGACAUUAACUAUAUAUUGUAUAUUUUUUCUACAGCAACACGCUCCUUCAGUAGGAAUUGGUAUGUCCAUGCCUUCUGCAAAUAACUUUCCUCUCUCUCCUCCUCUUGUUUCAUCAUCAGCUCCAACAGUGAAUACGAAUCUUCCUAUGUUCAAUCUUGCAGGAAUGACUGUGCCAAUGGUCGAUGCUUCGCAGUUAAUACAGCAACAAUUUGUUCAGCAGCAAAUGAUACAGUUACAACAAAGAGCGUUUUUGGCAUCCGCUGUUCAACAGAAUCUUCAGAUACAACAACAUUUGAUGCAACAGAAUCAAGCUUUACAACAUCUUUUGCAAACAUCAACGAUAAAUCCUACCUCGCCUCAACCAAAUGAAUCGAGCUUAUUAACUCAAGCAACACCAAUGACUCCAGAUAGUGGACCAGCAUCUCUCGCAUCACCCAUUGUACAGUUGCCAUCUCAAAUUUUACCACAUGCAUCAUCAUUUCCUGCUCCAAUGUUUUCACCACAACCAAGUUUCGGUUUAGAUUCGGCUUUAAGUACACCAUUUAUACCUUUUACCGGUCUAAAUGUAGCACAACCAAUACCAGAAGAAAGUGUAAUACAAAGUUCCCAAGUAAAAACGCAACAUGAAAUAAUAUCACCUCCACCACCCCCAAUUCCACAAAAGUCAAGUUUAAAACUUACAUCUCAAAAUUCUGCUCCAAGAGAUGUUUUCAGUGGUGUUCUUAGUGAACUAAAAAAUAGAGCCGGGAAAGAUGAUGUUCCACCGCCAAAAUCUCACAUUCCUAGAAUGCCUGGAAUACCACCACCGCCGCCGCCUCCACCACCGCCCCCACCACCACUUUCUCCAGACAGUCAGGAAAAAUAUACUGAUGUGUAUGGCCGAGCCAAAACUGUAAGAAUCGGAAAAUGGAGAUGGCCUCCUCCAAGAGAUGAUAAUUCUGCACAGCCAAACAGUUUUAUUGAAUUUAAAAUGAAAAAACAACAAGAGAAACACGAUAAAGGAGAAGACAGCUUUUUAAAUGGUUCCGAAUCUGCAGAAUUUGAAGAAAUAAUUGAAAUGGAUCAAGUUUAUCCCGCUCCAAUAACUUCUCAAUCGAAUGAAAAGCAGCCACAGCCAAAAGUUGUGCAACCAGAGAGAUCAACUCUAGAAAUUCCUUCAGAAGAAGAGAGAAAACCAAUUCCCGGUAGUAUUGGAAAAUUACGAAUUAGCUCUGAAAUGAAAGCUAAAUUAGAACAGUUAACUAUGGAUCAUAGUAUCCGAUCUUCUAAUAAAGAUAGCAGAACCAGAAUCAGUGCAUUUCCUAUGAAAAAGGAGGAACAAGCUGUUAAAAAACUAGAAGAAAAUAGGAAGAUGCUUUUGGAACAAAAGUUGACUGGUUUUUCAGGAAUUGAUCAAACCGAUACUGCUCCAAAAAAUCGUUCCGAAAGACAUUUAGAAUCUUCCGCUCAAGAUGAUGGCUUUAUAUCUGUUGAAACUGCUGUUACAGAAGGAUUUCAAGAAAGUGAUCAAGAAAAAGAUGCGCGUGAGAAGGAACCUUCUUUUGUAGUAGAAAAUCUCGUAAAAAGUCAAGUUGAAAAAAUGGAAAGGGCUAGCAGAGAAAUUCGCGAAUUGCGCGAAGAAUUGGGACAUCCACUAGCCCAUCCAUCUAGAACUAGCACUCAACAAGGUGAAUAUGGUCCCUCUAGUUUAACUUCAUCGCGAUACUUCAGUCAUCCCACUAUGAUCGAUAAAUCUCUGUAUGAUCAAUCCAGUCAAGCUUCUAAAAGUAUCAUAUACGAAGAAAGCUUAGCAUCUUCUCAUGGAACUUAUAAUCAUCAUUCGGGACUGCCAUAUCAAAACGACAUGAAAACGGCCCAAGCUUUGUACAGUGCCAAGAGUCACAUACUUCCACUGCCUCCGUUUGGAAUUCCUAAAUCUAAUGCUCCUUCAUCAGUUGCUGCUUCUAGUAGCUAUUACGCUCCUAGUACUCCCGUUGUACCUAGGCAUCGAGAACCACCACCACCCAUAACUGCUUCAAAAUUCUUACCUGAAAAGGAGUUCUCUGAAAAAAUAGAAUUCGAAGAGAGUUCGGAAUUUUUAAAUCCUGUAGAUACAGCUCCUCCUCCUGUUCUAGAUCCUACAGACCAAAAAUCUUUAGAGAAUAUUAAAACUAAAUUAUUUGCACCAGGCAACGCUCCUUAUUUUUCAUAUACCAAAGUGCGCUGGGAAAUUCGUGUGAGAAAAGAAGUAUUUUCGCCUAACGAAAAAUUAGAGACUCCUCUAGCUUUACAUCUAGUUUUUUGUCAAGUGGUCCAGGACGGUUUGUCGUCUAAUUGUAUACGUUUAAACAGAGAAGAAAAGAAGAAAUUGAGACAGUUAUUAGAUGGUUAUGGUAUUAACAACAACAAUCUGCAUGGUAGCAAUCUUAAAUUGGCUAUGAAAAGAAAUGUCAUAGAAUUAGCCAAAGAUUUCCCUAAUUAUUUUAGUCGCUUAUUCCCAGUUUCUGGAGGACGGAAUUUACCAAAUGUUCAACUUCUCGGUGUUUCUCAUUCUGGAGUACGCUUAGUAAGAAGAGAGAGAGAUGCUAUAUGCGAUUAUCUUCGAGUUUUAGAUACUCUUAGUUUCGAAGAUAUUGCAGAGGUUAGUUCGCCAAAAACGAGUACAUUACAGAUCCUUUUAUGUAAUGGAGGCUGGAUGACUGUUUAUUCCCAUAAGGCUUCACGUAUAAAGAAAAUGAUAGAAAAGUAUUGUUAUGAAUCAGCACAGGGUGGACACGAAUAUGUUCGAGCUGUUGCAGAUUAUAUUACAAGGGAAUCAACUUUGCUAAGUUUUAGACAAGGGGAUAUAAUAAGAGUUGUUAAAAACAAAAAUCUUCAUUUAGAUAAAGGUUGGUUUUAUGGAGUGUUAGAUUCAGGAGAAGCAGGAAUAUUUCCCUGUGAAUACGUAUUGCCUUUAGGAAAACAUGAAGUUGGUCAAAUGGUUACUAAUAAAACGACUUCGUAUAGAGAAGAAAAGAAGCAACUGCUUAGAACAAAUGAGCGAUUUCCGGUAAUACAACAGAAUGGAGAUAGUAGGCACGAAAUUCAUGAUGAUUCUGCAAAUCAGUGGAUCGAAAGCAAACACGAAUUAAUUGAAGAUAACAAAAGCGAUCAAAAUCAGAUGAACGAUGGAAAAUACUCGCUAUUACAAUUUGCUCUUUAUAACUUCCGCGAAAGUGUCGAAAAAUACGAAAUGUUGAGAGAUCGAGAUGGCUCUUUGAGAGGUUCCAUAAAAAUGAUAGAAAGUUUGAAAUCAUCCAAGAAAAAAGGUAAAAAAGGAAAAGAUUCCGAUUGGACUUGGAAAGAAUUGGCAGAUAUGGUGAAAUAUACUAAGUCUCCAAUCGAAGCUUCAUUACUGAAAUUCGAAUCACCAGAAGCCAACAAGUUGGCUAUAGAAUGCUUUAUUGCCAUCAUGAGAUAUAUGGGAGAUUAUCCAAUGAAUAAACAGCAAACAGAAGUAGAUUGUGUCUAUACCAUUUUAGUAAACUGUCACAAACAUCUUCAAAUGAGGGACGAAUUUUAUUGUCAAAUUAUGAAACAAACUACGAAUAAUAAGAGUACAAAAACGGAUAGCUGUCAACGUGGUUGGCGAUUAUUCUCAAUUGUUGCAGCUUAUUUCGAGUGCUCAGAUUCUCUCAAACCAUAUUUAUUUAAGUAUUUAGAAACAGCUGCUUACGACAAAAGAAGAGCUUGUCAUGGAACAGCAAUGGUUUGUUUACAGAAUUUGAGAAAAACAUUUAAAUAUGGAGGAAGAAAAAAUGUUCCCAGCAUAGAAGAAAUUGCUGCUAUUUCAGCUGGUCGAAAUUCGAAGCGUCAAAUCUACAGACUUCCAGGUGGAACUGAAAGAGUAAUAAAUACUAAAUCAACUACAGUAGUUCAAGAUGUUAUUGAAGAAAUAUGCAGCAUUUUGAGUGUCAGAAAGCAAUUGGAAAUGGAAGAAUUUUCCUUAUAUUGCAUUGUAGAAGGAGAUCCCUAUACAAUGCCACUAAACAGAGAAGAAUAUAUAUUAGAUGUGACUACAGAAUUACAUAAAAAUGGCCAUAUUUACUACUUAAUAUUUUGUAGAUCUGUCUGGUAUUAUCCUUUACGUUUAGAUAAUCAACUUUACAUAGAAGUUAUCUUUAAUCAAGUUGCACCUGACUACUUAGAAGGAUUACUUAUUAUUUUACCAGGGGAGAAAUUGCCUGAUCAUCUGAUGCCUGAUAUUGCCAAAGUUGCUGCACUUCUUCACAGAGCAGCUGAUAUGGAGCAUAUGCCCACAAAAGAAGAAGUAAAAUAUCUUCUUCCCAAGCCAGUAUUGAGUGUCAAAGAUAUUCGGCCAACUCAAUGGGUGGAAGCAGUCCAGCAAAAUUGGGCAGGCAUUACCUCACUGACUACAACUGAUUCAAAAGCUCAAUGCUUAGAAAGAAUUUUUAAAAUAUUUUAAAUAGCGCACUAAUUUUUUAUAAAUAAUUUCAUUUAAUUAAUUUAUUACGGUUUAUAUUUAUGAUAAACAUUUCCUCAGGAAACCGUAUGGAAAUAUCCAUUUUCUGAAGUGAUAUCAACCAGAAAAGUAAGAGCAGAAGAUGGAGCAUUGUUUUUAGAUAUGAAAUGUGGAAAUUUAAUGGUGCAAAAAAUAACGAGAAUCCAAACGGAUCAGGCUCACGAAGUGUCGCGAUUAAUUCGUCAAUACAUUAAUAUCGAACAACGACAUCGUGGAAUGGGAAAAGAUAUCCCACAAAAUGUUACCCUUUCUCGUCAUCUGGAUAAGUGAAACCAGCAGAAAUUUCAGCUGAUGGGAGAAAAAAACCAUUGGUUGCCAAAUCAUACAUAAAGACUUUUAUUCGAUAAUAUUUAUUAUUGUUUAUACUUAACUAACACAUAGCAGUUGAACAGUCGUGAUACUUCUUUAGAAGUGAAGUUUUAACCAUAUCCUGCUGUACGUAUUUGUUUGUAAAUUUAUUUCUUAACAGUUCAUUUGCCCAAAUAUUGUCUUUUUCAACGUUAAGGGAAUGGUGCGCGAAAAACUAACGUUGGCCUUAUACAGUUUGGAUGGUCUCCAUCCACGUGCGUAUGAACUUGAAUUACUUAAGAAUGAAUUGUAAUUAAUAAUGUGUAUAUUUUGUUUCAAUUUAUAAAUAAAAAGUUAUAUUUUUUAUGUA